CGCCAGAACUUCUAAAACCCUAACCCUUUCAACUUCUCUCUUUCUUUCAUCUUCUCUGUAGUCUCUCUGAUAAAACCCAAUUUAUAUGUUCGUUUUUUAGGCUUUUGGGUUUCUGAUAAAUCGCAAUCCUUUUCAAUUCGAAUCCAAAAACAUCACGAUUUUCUAGUAACAAUGCCGUCGUCAAGGCCGGAGCUUAAAGCCCCUCCGGAGUUCUUCUACAACGAAGAGGAAGCUCGGAAAUACACCACUUCAUCACGUAUAAUCGAAAUUCAGGCGAAGCUUACGGAGAGAGCAUUGGAGCUUCUUGCUUUGCCAGAUGAUGGGAUUCCUAGAGUUCUACUUGAUAUAGGUUGUGGGUCAGGACUUAGUGGGGAGACACUCUCUGAGAAUGGGCACCAUUGGAUUGGCCUAGAUAUCUCGCAAUCGAUGCUUGAUGUUGCCUUGGAGCGGGAAGUGGAAGGUGAUCUUUUGCUUGCAGACAUGGGUCAGGGUUUAGGCUUGCGACCUGGCGUUGUUGAUGGUGCCAUAAGUAUCUCUGCAGUUCAGUGGUUAUGCAAUGCCGACAAGGCUUCCAAUGAGCCCAGAUUGAGGUUAAAGGCUUUCUUUGGAUCUCUAUAUAGAUGCCUGACGAGGGGAGCCAGAGCAGUUUUGCAGCUGUAUCCUGAAAAUGAAGCCCAGCUUGAGAUGAUAACUACUUCUGCAAUGCGUUCUGGAUUUGCAGGUGGCGUGGUUGUUGACUUCCCUCAUAGUACGCGGGCAAAGAAGUACUUCCUUGUUCUCACAUGUGGCCCACCGUCCCUAAGCACGGCUCUUCCAAAGGCUAAAGGUGAAGAAGGCGAGAGUUGCAGUGACGAUGAUAGCAGUGAUGAAGAGAAUCAUACUGUCACUAUUUCAGAUAGGCAUAGGCCAAGGAAAAAGAUGAAAGUAAACAAGAAGGGGAAAGGGAGAGAAUGGGUGCUGAAGAAGAAGGAACAGAUGAGGAGAAAAGGGCAUAGCCUGCCUCCUGAUACGAAAUACACGGCCCGCAAACGAAAGUCUCGCUUCUGAUCUAUUCUCAACUUGUGAAGUCAUUUGGCGGCAAUUUUUUUUUGGUAAAACAUUAUUUUUCUUUUUAUUAGGAAAUGUUGGUUCAUGUAGAAUCAUACCAAUGGCAAAAAAUUGUUUUUGUUUUUUCUCUCCCCAUUUUGCAAAACACAAUUUUGCCCUUUGGAUGGUAGAAGAAAAUACUGCUGUCAGUACUCGAUGGGAAAAGGUCACCAAUGACCAAACUUGAUGUGUAGGAUAGUCAAAUCUGCUUGAUGGUGCACAGUGGUCCAUCCAUGGUGGGGCCCACUGGACCGAUGGUCCAGGUCAUUGGAAGUUGUCCAAUUUGAGUGCAGGACACCAAAUAAGCAAAUUAGCAUGUUGUGCUCUGAUUAGACCCCCAUGAUUUCAUAGUA